CUUACUCUUCCUUACAGUCUGAAGUUGCAUCUUUUACUGGGAGUGACAUGUGGAUGAAUGCUUUUUAAUACAUCUGACUCCAAUGUGAUAAACCAUACUCUCACCGGACUGGGAUGGCUCGAAGACAAUCUGCUGUCUCCUACCAGGAGGAGAGUGCGCUCAGCCAAUUAACUGUUAAAAUCAUAAAAGCAUCAAACAUCCCAUGGGCAGACUGGACGAGCAAUGCUGACUGUUACGUGUGUUUGUGGCUCCCAACUGCCACUAAUAGUGUGCCAAACACCAGCACCAUAUCAAACAACAGUUGUCCUGUCUGGAAUGAAACAUUUGAGUUCACCAUCAGCAAUAAAGUCAAGAACGUGAUACAUUUGACGCUUCAUGAUGAGGAUGCGAUCACCAAGAAUGAUCUGUUAUCUGUUGUCGCUUAUGAUGUGGGGAAUGUCAACCCUGGAGAAACUAAGACAAAGUCUUUUUGUUUGGACCCUACCGGAGAACAGACGUUGGAAGUAGAAUUCACUGUAAAGGAAAUACCACAUAGUCAUGAGAAAAUUGUGACAAAUGGAGUUCUUGUGUGCAGAGAGAUGUCCUGUCUUGAAAUAUCUGUCGACAAGCAGAGGAUUCCAGAGAAUUUACUUGGUGGCCAUCUUUGUUUAUCUGUGAAGGAUUCUUGUGAAAAGAAAGACAGAGUGGAACUGCGGGCUGCGGCAGGCAAUGAUCACACAUAUAAAUGCAAAUUUCAUUGUAUCAGGAAGUGGGACCCUGAACUUAUAGCCCAGUUAGAGGGCACAGACGAUCAGUGUCUUCAAGUGGUUCCAGUGAAGACCCUUCCUCUGGGCCAGGAACAGAAGAUCCACCUUUCUACAGUACAAGUUUAUGCAAAUUGCUGGUGCUUCCGCUGCUUCCUUCCACUGCGCUGGAUUCAGGCCAGACCAUUGGAAGUGAAACUCAAAGCUAAAGAUUGCACAGAUAAGAUGAACAUCCGUCUGGGGUUUGGGAUCUGUGAAGAGGAAAUUAUUUUCCGCUCGAAGAGGAAAAAGCUUGUUGCUGACGCAUUAAAGAAAGUUUUGAAUCUUGAUCGAGACCUGCAAGAGCAUGAGGUUCCUGUGAUUGGUAUUGCAGCAACAGGUGGAGGUGUGAGAGCAAUGAUUUCACUUCUUGGCUCCCUGAUAGCACUAAAGAAACUGAAUCUCUUGGACUGUGUGUCCUACAUCACUGGAACGUCUGGAUCCACAUGGACACUGAGUAAAUUAUAUGCAGAUGCCAACUGGUCACAGAAAGAUCUAACCAAAACAUUAGAAGAUGUUCGCAGGAAUGUGACCAAGAGCAAGAUGUCUGCCUUUUCCUUUGAUAGCCUAGCUUUCUACAAAUCCGAACUGAGCAAGAGGGAAGAGAUGGGCUAUAAGACAUCUUUCUCAGAUUUAUGGGGCUUGGCCAUUGAGUCCAUGAUGUAUGAUAAGGUGAAUGAAAGUAAGCUGACAGAUCAGAGGAAAGCUCUGUGUAAUGGACAGAACCCCCUCCCUUUAUAUCUGUCCAUGAACGUCAAACCGCAUGAGAACUCCACAUUGGAUUUUAAAGAAUGGUGUGAAUUCUCCCCUUAUGAAGUCGGACUGCUGAAAUAUGGAGCCUUCAUACGUUCCGAAGACUUUGGCAGUGAAUUCUUUAUGGGUAGAAAAACAAAAGUCCUUCCAGAGUCCAGAAUCUGCUUCCUUCUGGGGAUGUGGAGUAAUAUCUUCUCUGUUAAUCUGCUGGAUGCCUGGUAUGCGGCUGUAAGCUCAGAAAACUUUUGGCACAGGUUCACCAGAGACAACGUGCUUGACUUAGGUGAAGAAGAAGCCUUAGAGAGGAAAAAAGCCUCGGCCUGCCUGGACACACGUCUUACGCAACCAGCAGGGGAGUUCAGCCAAAGAGUGCGAGGGGUUCUUACUAACCGCCCUCUUGAUGGAGAACUUCAUAAUUUCCUACGAGGAUUACAGAUGCAUUCAAAUUACGUUACAGAGAAUGACUUCUGUACAUUUGAUGGCACAGAAUUAGAUAAUUCCCCUAACAACUUGACCCCCUGUUCAGAAGAUCUCUGCCUGGUGGAUUGUGCAUAUUACAUCAAUGCAAGCUUCCCACCACUGUUACGACAAGAACGCAAAGUAGACAUGAUUAUGUCAUUUGAUUAUGGACUCUCAGAUAAAUUCAAAUCAGUGGUGCAAACUGAAGAAUACUGUACUGCUCAUAAGCUAUUUUUCCCCAAAAUCGAGGUAACUGCCGAGGACAAGCAGAACCCUAAGGAAUGCUACGUUUUCGCAGACUGCGAGUACCCAGACUUUCCCACCAUCAUGCACUUUCCAUUAGUAAAUGACACAUUCAAGAAGUACAAACAGCCAGGUGUCGAGAGGGAAACCGAUCAAGAGAAGGAGGAAGGAAAUGUUCCCCUGUCCGGCCUCUUUUCACCUUACAAAGUGUUCCGAUUAACAUACGGUGAUGAAGAUUUGGAGAAACUGAUAAAUCUGACAGAAUACAAUGUGCUGAACAAUGUGGAAGUCAUUCUGCAGACCUUGCGUAACAUAAUUGAAUGCAAACAGAAACGUAGCAGCAGCACCGCAAGAUUGUGAGCCAAAAUGCCAAACCACCAUCACUACAUCGUACACAUGGGUUUUGUAACGACUGUAGUUUAGGAACAAAAGCUGCUUGCAAUAAGAAUACUUUUAAAUGCGUAUUUUUAUUCCAUGUCUGUGUACACAUGGUAUCUAAAAAGAAAACCUCACAUUGAAACGGAACUCCUGGGUAGUGCAUUGAGGUAUGCCAGUUCGGUUCAGUUAGAGGAUACAGUCGUUUACUUCAUGGAAGAUACAGUCAGCAUGUGAAAA